UACAUUGCUAUCUUAAUUUGUUCAGCAUCAUUUUUAAGUCAAUUGAUGCCCGCAUCUAAACCACCACAGUUGUUUAAAGAGGAACCAAUCUCCAACAACUCAUCAAUAUUGCGUAUAACUUCAGCGGCACUGAUAUCUCUUGUGACCAGUGUUCAGGGUUAUUCAUGGACAGAGGUGAGAACAUUGCACAAAGUGAUUCAGCUGUGACUAUACCCCCACGGCAGACUGGGGAAUUGUCUACAACUACAAAACCAAGAGUUAGGGAUUUACCAACUAUUGCUUCUACAACUACAUCUGUACCAAUAAAAACUUGCAAGGAGGUGAAAUGCUUGUUUAAUGGCACCUGCAAUAUGGAAACUCUUCAGUGUAUGUGUAAAAGAUGUGAAUAUCACAAAAGAAUGCCAGUCUGUGGUAAAGAUGGCGUUACAUACAACAGUAAUUGUGACUUGAUGUAUACUCAAUGUGAAAUUCAAAAAUUUAUCCCAAUCGACCAUCAAGGAGAAUGUAAACAAGUACCAAUACCAACCGUUAAACCGGAUCAUAGCAGUGACCAUGGCGGUAGCGAACACCAUAUUCCAGAUAAACCACCUGUUGAUACUGAUAGUGCCGUAAAUGAGCCUACAGCGCAGUCUCCGAAAGCUGGUUACAACCCAUGUGCUAAUGGCAGUUGUGACUCCGCCGAUAGGCCGAGUCUUGGUAAUGGUGCAAUUGUAUAUGUGGUUUUUGGUAUCAAUGGUAUUGACCAAAGUAAUCUGACAGGAGAACAUGUGCUCGAAGAAAGUAGGGGAAGUGUUAUUUAUACGGAUCAGCCUCUGGAUUUCAACGAUGCUGAUAUAUUAAAAAGUAUUUGUACAAUUUGUAAGAAUAUUGUGAAUCAAGAAAACCCCAAACUAGUAACGAAAGGUGGAGCACAGUGUUUCCCAACAGAAUUUGAGGAUAAAAUUGACAUGUUGGGUUUCAUAUAUCCCGAAUGCAAGGACAUACCAAAACCAGCUCUGUUGAAAGGUCAGAAGUCACACUCUAUGGCUGCCAGGUUAUCUGAAAAUGAGUUUGUCUUUAGAUGGUAUGCCUUGGCAUUUGAAUCAGGUUCUUAUCUUUUGAAUUUGUAUGGAAAAAAUUUUACAUGUACUUAUACGACUUUUCAAGGAGUAUCAUCAUUUGCUGCUUACAAAGAUUUCUUGGAGUGGGAGAAAUUAAUCACAAAGGAAGUUGAAAAACUUCCAGAAGACUCUCCGCUGAGAAGUGCGUUCCAGACUUGCGAGUUUUGGAAAACCAUCUUCAUGGAAGUGUUGGGAGUGACUAGCGCCAUAUAUGGACUGGUGUUCUCCAUGUUAGUCUGUGUGCUUUCUGUUGCUGUCUUCACAGGUCAUGUUGGAUUAUUAGUUGUUGUCAUGUUGACCAUAUCAGGUAUGAAUGAAUAA